CCGCGCGAGGCGGCCCCCAAGGAGUUCCUCCUUUCGUGUGCCGGGGCCGAGCCUCCCGCCGGGCUCCACCCGCAGAGCUCCGCGCCGGGCGGCGGUGAUGGACCGCGACCGCAACAAGACGCUGCUGCAGGAGCUGCUGAAGGUCACCGGGAACGGCCGCUGCGCCGACUGUGGGGAGCCGGAUCCAGAGUGGGCUUCUUACAAACUUGGAAUAUUCAUUUGUUUGAUGUGCUCCGGAAUCCAUCGCAAUCUUCCUCAAGUCAGCAGGGUCAAAUCCCUUCGGCUUGACUUCUGGGAGAACGAUCUUAUAGAGUUUAUGAAGAAGCAUGGGAAUCUCUGUGCCAAAGCAAAAUAUGAAGCAAAAGUCCCUCCCUAUUAUUACAUCCCCCAGUCCUGCGAUUGCUUGGUUUUAAGAGAACAAUGGAUUAGAGCUAAAUAUGAGCGUGAGGAAUUUGUUGCCACCCGAGUCUGCCAAGAUCCUUGUUCUGCAGGUAGCCAUGAAGGAUUCCUCUGGAAGCGUGGACGGGAAAGCAAGCAGUUCAAGCAGAGGCGGUUUCUCCUGUCAGCAAGGGAAGGGGUGAUGAAGUACUACACUAAAGAACCCAAAGGUCCAAAAGCCGUUAUCAGCAUUGAGAAACUGAAUGUGAUGUUCCAGGCAGAGAAAAUCCAUCAUGCUCACGGGCUGCAAAUCACAUACAAGACAGAUGGUCAAACAAGGAACCUUUUUGUCUAUCAUGAAAGCGGAAAGGAGAUUGUUGACUGGUUCAAUGCCAUUCGGGCUGCACGUUACCAUUAUCUCAGAACAACCUUCCCAGCUCUCUCAGAGCACGAGAUCAUACCCCGGAUCACAAGAAACUAUAUCAAAGAAGGAUAUAUGGAGAAAACAGGACCAAAGCAGAAGGAGACCUUUAAGAUGCGCUGGUUCAGCCUAGACUCUGAAGAGAGGAACCUGCUGUACUUUAAAAACCCACUGGAUGCAUUUCCACAAGGCCAAGUUUUUAUUGGAAGGAGAGUCGAGGGCUAUGAAGUACGAGCUGGCUUGCCCCAGGGAAUAUCUGUAAAGAAGAGGAAAUCAGGGAUCACCAUGGUCACACCAAUGAGAGAGUUUUUGUUUCUGUGUGAGAACGAUAGGGAGCAGAGGGAGUGGAUAGAUGCCUUGAAUGGAAUAAUUGCCCAGCCCUUGUCUGGUUGAGACUAACACUGAGUUCCGGUGAACUGCACUUCUUGGGCUCUGUUUGGCACUGGUCUGCAUCCUCUUUUUGUCAGCAGGGAUGGUGCUCAAGCCCAUUCAGUGACUGUGCUACAAAGGGCUUUUUCCUUCAACAGCUACAGGCGCAGGAAGGGUGGCAAAAUAAAUGAGUGAGGGGAAUGCAGAUAUUCAGAAAUUAUCUGUCCCUUCUUUUGAAGUGCAUUCGCUCUUCCUUACAUUCUCUGCUUUUGAGCAGAUGAGGCCUGCUCAGGCUGAUGUAGGGAUAAAGUCAGUGUAGAAAGUUUGUCCACAGAGGACUGGCACGGAUUUCCUUGAGGAUUCCUGAAGAAUGUACUUGACAAUGCAGCCAUGACAUAUAUUCUGAUAGUAAAUGUGACCAUCUGUUACAUGCUGCAUAGAACAAGUGGCCAAGAGACAAAGACAUCAGCACCUGCCAGGACAGUGCAGCAUGUCCUGCUGCAUAGAUGAAAGAUAAAAAUACAUGCCGAAUGACUGGAUGUUUUUCUUGGGGGGGAAGAGCGGGAGUGGGGAACAGGCAACUAUUCUACCUGCUUGCAUCUUCUGUCCAGUUAAUGACAUGGUUGUUGUCCAUGUAAUGGUUUUAAUGUCAUUUGCAGUGUUGUAUUUUCAUCACUGAAACUGUAUUUAAAAAAAAAAAUCACAAAAAUCAGAGGGGGAGGAAGGGACUUCUGGAGAGCACGUGCUCCAGCCCCCUGAUAAAGUAUGUUUGUAUCAUCUAUCUCACAGUUCCUAAGCUUAUCUUGUAAGGAUGUUCUUGGGGUAUGGUGUCAAAAGCCUUGCUGAAGUCAAGGCAGGCAACAUUCACUGCUUUUCCCUCAUCUACCCAACCAGUCAUGACAUCGCAGAAGGCUACCAGAUCAGUCAAGUAUGAUUUUCCCUUGCUGCGCCCGUGUUGACUACUCCUGAUAACCUUCUUUUCUUUCUUCCACUUGCUUGGGCUUGGACAUGACAUCCAGAAUUAGUUGGAUGGAGGUGAGGCUGACUGGCCUGUAGACUCUUAUUAUUUGAGGAUCUGAGAAACAAGUCCUCAAAAUUAAAAGUCAAGCUUGAGUUGUGAAGAAUGUUGUUGUGGAAGCAUUCUAAUGACAUACCCUUAGAUCCUUGCUUUCAACAGUUGCUGCUAUUUGAUUAUUUUGGAAGUGGCAAAUGCAGUAUGUAGAAACCUUUUCCUUUUUUUUUUUUUUUUUCCCUCCAAAGCAGCCCCACCUACUACUCCAGUCGAGACAUGAGUUCAGGAUGAAGACACUGGUCUGUGUCAGCUUCUAAAAACGGGGGAAUGGGUGAGGAUUUAUAUUCGUUGAUACAGUGCACUGAGUAUUUUCUUGCCUCUCAGCCAAGGCUGAGAUUUGGUUCUACUGAACAGUUAUUCAGGUACUUAAUUACUUUUUUCAGAUUCCUUUGCUUGGCAGAUCAAGAGGAAGUCUUGCAAACUUAAGUUUCUGAUCAAGCUUCCACCUUUUGCUGACGCUUGCCAGCCAGUAUGAGUUACCCCAAAUAGUUCUCUUCUACAGGAAUGAGGAAGUACCAAUAUGUGCAUGGAUUACUAAGAUUAACUCUUUCUACAGCAGCACAGAAAAAAAAAAAAAAAAAAAAAGAAUUAGAUCAUCAUUCUGCCUGUCUCUUAUCAUCCAACCUUCAGUAAUCUGUGUCAGUAGUUUUGUUUCCUGAUACAUGCCCAUUAACUUAAUUUCCCAGCUCAUGUGCUGGUUCAGAUCUAACAGCCUAUGCCUGUAUCCUCUGAAAUCAAUAGCAAAGCACUUUUGAGAUGAGCUGAAUAAUUCAGGAUGAUCUUAGAAGAGUUCAGUCCAUCCAGUAACCUCAGCUUCAUGGACAGGGCUGCUUCUGUGGUGGUGCUUGCUCUCCCACUGUGUCAGCAACAUUGAUGUGACUUUUGUUACAAAAUCAGGAAGUUCCUUGAGAAAAUGAAACUCUGGAGCAACACAACAGCAUCUUUUUUGUAGACUCAAUAAAAGUGAAGGCCAGGUCAUAGGGAGCUAGCUCCGCGUGACAGUUCAUUUCUACAGUUAACCCAAACUUGGACCUGUAUUAAGCGCUCUGACAGACCUGGGAGCUCCUUGCCCCUGCCCUGGGGAGCUCAGUGCUGCAUGCUGGCUUGCAGGGCACAGCACCUCAGGGCUGUACAACAACUCCACCCAGCCUGCAGCUCCCUGUACCCCACACAUGGCAGCAGCACAGAGCCUGUGGGAAACGAAACCGCACUAUGGCUGCUGCUGUUGAUUUCGUGCGACUGCAGGCAGAUGUGGAACUAAGCAGCCUGAACUACUUCAUGGGCCGCAUGUGGAUCAUGGGCUGCACCCACAGCUUCUGCCAGUCCUGCAUUACCAAGUACAGCCAACCGGGAGCUGGCCACUCUGGUGAACUUAAUCCCCAGAGAGGUGGAGGAAAAAGACUUAGAGGCCUAGAAUAAACCCACAUUCUCUGGAGAUGGUGCCCAUUGCAGCCAGAACUUUGUAGGGCAGGGCCCUGGGGAAAAGGUAUGGGCAGAAGCAGACAGUGCUUCUCCCCACUGCACUUCAGCCACUAUUCUAAAUGCCCUUCAGUGGGGCCAUGGGACCAGGCCAUGGCUGGGACUGAGUUAACUUCACCUUCCAUCCUGCCCUUUUUUUCCUUUUUUUUUCUUUUUUCUUUUUCCCCUGGAUACUUUGUAUUUCAUGUGUUAAUACUGGCAUUGUUGUAAUAGUGUUGUGUUUUGCUGACUCGGGCAGAUAGGUUUAGCUGAAGCAGUGUGGAGUUCACUGGUGGUGUCUGCAAGUUGAGGAUUGCAUUUUUUGAAAGAAUUAAUAGCAAAAUGUGCUCAGCUGGUCUAAGGUAUAAUAACCAGCUGAUCUUAGUGCUGGACUUCUGAACUCCAGGAAGUGCCUAACUCAGCAAGCUCGCAGGUCAGUUUAGAACGGGGAAGGGUGUGAAUACUCAGAGAAGAGAUGGGGCUGCCAUGAGAGGAUACUUAGAGGGCUCUAAACCUAAAACAUCUGUAAAUCUUUCCUUACUUGUUUUCUUCUUUCUCAUCUCUCUGCUGUUCUCUUUCCUUUGCUGUUCCUUGAGCUUGAGCACUGAGCAUCCUGGUGGGCAGUUGUUUGGUAUUUCAGUCACCAUCAGCUCUUUCCCUCUUCUUUUCACAAACUACUUCUGUGUUGCUAUUUACUGUGUGAACAUUGCACAGGAGACUCCUGAAAUGAAACAUAAACCAAUACAGUGCUACAGCUCCACCCAGCUGAACGACACAAAAUGGAACUGGUUCACUGUCUGCUUACAAAAACUCUCAGACCUUGUUGGAAAUGAGCAAAACCUGACUAUUGACUUUAAUUAACACUACGCAUACAUGUGUCUAAAAAGUCUUAAGUCUCUGCAGUCAUGCAAAGAGCUUAAACUCAUAAAUAUAUUUGAAUAUAUAACUUAGGACUGUUGAAUGCGAACUUUACUGUGAUUAUUCACACAGUUAGUUAUGUUUACCAGGCCAGUGUUUAACUGUCAGUAAGGUAAGGAUUUUUAUUAUCCUGCUGUUUAACCUAGUCAUGUUUUCUCUGAGGAUUAUACAGAUAAGUGAUUAAAUGUGUCACUUUAAAGAAGGAACAGGUACAAAACAUCUCCAAGCAACUGAAACAAUUGAAGAGGACAUCAACAUCUUGAGAAAGGAUCUCAGUGACACAAAGGUACCUCUUGUACUUCAUUACCUGCAAUUAGCUUGUUCCCCUGUAAUUCUGCAACAACCUGGAAUCCCCCAACUGCCCAAAAUCUGACUGCAGGCAAUGCAGGACAGUAUCAAAUGCAUUUUAUUCCUUUAAAUACAUCUGGGUUUUUCUGGUCAAAGAGCAUGUUAAAUGGGACACUAAACUCUUGUACUUCACUUAUCUUCUUUUAUAACAAAAACCGGAUCUCUGUGUUUUCUGCCUUUCAGGAAUAUACAUCUCGGAUCAAAAGCCGUAUUACUGAAGUUCAGUGUUCACUGAACGGGAGGGCAAAGCAGCUCAACAGAAGACUGAGGAGAGAGCUCAGGAAGUGAACAUCACAGAUAUCAAAGCCCAAAUUGAGAAAGAACUGGGAAGUGAUGAAGUGGCGGGUAGAAACUCGGCACCUCUGAUCUCCCAACAGUAAUUCGUGCUGGAGUGCGCAGGAGCAGCGUUUUACUACAUUUUGUUGAGCAAUUACUACACAAUUUGCCUCCAGGGAAGCCCAGCGCGCGGCUUCUCCUCGGCGCAGGCGCGCACAGCACAGCGGCCUCGGAUCGCCUCAGGGUGGCGCGCAGCGGUCGGGCGCGGGAGGCGCUCGCGCAGGCGCGCUGCCGCCCCUCGGC